AUGCCCCAAGCCGCUCCGCUCCUCCUCCUGCUGCUGUUGGCCUUGGCCCAGCGCCGCGCCUGUCUUCCCGGGCCGGCCACCGCCGCGCCCCCCGAUCGGGACCCCUGCCUCAGCCAGCCCUGCCGCAACAACGGCACCUGCUCGCCGUUGCCUGCCCGGGAGCCCUCAGCGUCCCGCCGCCUGCAGCUGCUUCUGCCCCAGCCUCCGGCCGCCUACAGCUGCGCCUGUCCCGCGGGGUUCACCGGCACCUCCUGCCAGUUUGUUUCAGAUCCUUGUGCCAGCAACCCCUGUCACCAUGGUAACUGCAGUGCUAGUGGUGAUGGCUACCUCUGUCUCUGUAAUGAAGGUUAUGAGGGAACACACUGUGAACACUCAUUUCAAAGUCUUCCAGGCCCUGAACAGGCAGAGCUGACAUCACCACAACAGAGCAGACCAGUCUCAUCCACCUUGGAACCUGACAUUGUUCUUCCACGUUCAAGAGCAACUGUGACGUUACCUACAUGGCAACCAAAAGCAGGACAGAAAGUUGUAGAUCUGAAAUGGGAUGAAACAGAGAUAACCCCAGAUGUGGCUUGUGGAAAUGCCAGUUCCAAUACCUCUGCUGGAGGUCGGCUUAUAUCCUUUGAAGUUCCACAGAAUACCUCAAUAAAAAUAAGGCAAGAUGCUACUGCUUCUCUUAUCCUGCUAUGGAAAGUCACAACCACUGGAUUUAAGCAAUGUUCACUUAUUGAUGGCCGAAGUGUCACUCUUCUGCAGGCAAUGGGUGGACUUGUUCUUUCUGAAGAAAUGCUUGCAUUAGGAAACAACUAUUUUAUUGGUUUUUUGAACGAUUCUGUUACUAAGUGCAUUGUGGCUCUACGCUUGACCGUGAUAGUGAAGGUCAGUACCUGCAUGCCUGUGGGAAGCCAGCCAGAUAACCUCCCAUGUUCGGAGAGAGGAAAAUGUAUCACCAAACCAGAUGAGGCAACUUUUUUCUGUGACUGUGAGGACGGGUAUCAGGGUUCCCUGUGUGAAGAAUUUGAUGCUUGUCAUAGCCAGCCCUGUCAGAACAAUGCAACCUGCAAAGAUGUAGCACAGAAACACAAUGGGAACAACUUCACCUGCAGCUGCUCAGAUGGUUACACUGGAGAGCUGUGCCAGUCAGAGAUCGAUCACUGUAUCCCACAGCCAUGCCAAAAUGGGGGUACCUGCUCAUCCAAUAUCAAUGGAUUCAGUUGUCAGUGCCCAGAAGGGUUUUUAGGAGCCUCUUGUGAGGACAAAAUAGACCCUUGUGCAUCAUCUCCCUGCCAGAACAAUGGAACCUGUUAUGCAGACAGGCAUGCCUUCUCCUGCAGUUGUAGUCCUGGGUUUACAGGACCUACAUGUGCUCAGCUGAUUGACUUCUGUGCUCUCAAUCCUUGUGCACAUGGCAUUUGUCGCAGUGUUGGAACCAGCUACAGAUGCCUCUGUGUCCCUGGUUACCACGGCCUUUACUGUGAAGAGGAGUAUAAUGAAUGCCUUUCUGCCCCCUGCCAGAACAAGGCCACCUGCAGAGACCUGGUCAACAGAUAUGAGUGUGUGUGCCUUGCUGAAUACGAAGGAACACACUGUGAGCUAUAUAAAGAUCCUUGUGUUAACAUCAACUGUCAGAAUGGUGGCACUUGUGACAGUGAAGGCCUAAAUGCAACAUGUAUUUGUGCACCUGGAUAUACAGGUGAAGAAUGUGAAGCUGAUGUAAAUGACUGUGACAGCAACCCAUGUCACCAUGCUGGAACUUGCAUAGAUCAGCCUGGAGGUUAUAUCUGCCAUUGUCCACAUGGAUGGGUCGGUGCAAACUGCGAAAUUCAUCUGCAGUGGAAGUCCGGGCGUAUGGCAGAGAGUCUAACAAAUAUGCCUCGUCACUCCCUCUACAUCAUCAUUGGGGCUCUCUGCGUCGCGUUUGUCCUCAUGCUGAUCAUCCUGAUCGUGGGAAUAUGUCGCAUCAGCCGGAUUGAAUAUCAAGGCUCUUCCAGGCCAGCUUAUGAGGAAUUCUACAACUGCAGAAGCAUUGACAGUGAAUUCAGUAGUGCAAUUGCUUCUAUCCGACAUGCCAGGUUUGGCAAGAAAUCCCGGCCUGCAAUGUAUGAUGCAACCCCCAUUGCCUAUGAAGAUUACAGUCCAGAUGACAAACCUCUGGUUACACUGAUCAAGACGAAAGAUUUGUAA